ACGAGAGGCGAGAUGCUCGAUGUAGCGGACUAUCACUCAAACACCGGGAGCUUCGUAAAGUUGUGUGAAGUUUUCAGGCGACCAAAGAGUGUGUAGCUUUAGGCAUUUCAAUCUUUGAGAAGACGACAGCAACUUGUAGUUAACAAACAAUGCGUGUUUAUAUAUUCCUUUACUAAUAACAUGAAAAGAAGCCGACGAAUAGUGCGCUAGGCAAAUGUAAACAAAUUCAUGGAGAUGCAUUAUCCCUGCUGUUUGCUGUUGUCGAAUUGACUUGUGUAUUCGUAGGAUAUUCAACAGUUAGCUCUACAUUUUUUGCUUAUAUUACUAACGCGUUAAUAUGGCAGAACACGAAAGUUUGGAGUUCGGAAAGGCGGACUUUGUUCUUCUGGACAGUGUCUCUUUGGAAGAGUUUAUGGCCAACCUCAAACUCAGGUUUGAAAAGGGUCGUAUCUACAGCUACAUCGGAGAAGUGGUGGUGUCAGUUAACCCUUACCGUGCCAUGAACAUUUACGGACGGGACACCAUCGAGCAGUACAAAGGCAGAGAGUUGUACGAACGACCGCCACAUCUAUUCGCCAUCGCCGAUGCUGCGUACAAAGCCAUGAAGAGAAGGAACAAAGACACUUGCAUUGUUAUCUCAGGGGAGAGCGGAGCUGGAAAAACGGAGGCUAGUAAAUAUAUUAUGCAAUAUAUUGCUGCUAUCACCAAUCCCAGCCAAAGAGCAGAGGUGGAGAGAGGAGACCCUAUUGGCGGCCAUAUCAACAACUACCUGCUUGAGAAGUCCCGAGUCAUUUUUCAGCAGGAAGGAGAGAGGAGUUUCCACUCUUUCUUCCAGCUGGUGAAAGGAGCUCCAGAUGCUCAGCUGCGGUCCCUGCACAUUCAGAGAGACCCCACAGCAUACACCUACAUCAAAGUUGGAGGCCAGAUAAAGUCCUCAAUAAAUGACAGUGCUGAUUUUAAAGCUGUCACUGAUGCCAUGAAGGUCAUUGGAUUCACUACAGAGGAGAUUCAGACGGUCUACAAGAUCCUGGCUACCAUCUUGCAUCUGGGGAAUAUGAAGUUUGGAAGUGAUGGAGAUGUGACUCUCAUUGAGAACUCUAAGCUAGUGUCAGUUUUGGGGGAUUUGCUGUCCACCAAAGACGAGAAAGUAGAAAAGGCUCUCCUCUACCGCACUGUGGCCACCGGCCGCGAUGUCAUUGACAAACAGCACACUCAUCAAGAGGCCAGUUAUGGACGUGAUGCUUUGGCCAAGGCCAUUUAUGAGCGGCUUUUCUGUUGGAUUGUGGGAAGAAUCAAUGAUAUCAUUGAGGUUAAAAACUAUGACGCCAGGGUUCAUGGGAAGAACACAGUCAUUGGAGUCCUGGACAUCUAUGGCUUUGAGAUCUUUCAGAAUAACAGCUUUGAGCAAUUCUGUAUAAACUACUGUAAUGAGAAACUACAGCAGCUCUUCAUUCAGUUGGUGUUGAAACAAGAGCAGGAAGAGUAUCAGAGAGAGGGCAUCCCCUGGAAACAUAUUGACUACUUCAACAAUCAGAUCAUCGUGGAUCUGGUGGAACAGCAGCAUAAGGGUAUUUUUGCAGUCCUGGAUGAGGCGUGCAUGAAUGUGGGGAAGGUGACGGAUGAGAUGUUCCUGCAGGCUCUCAAUGGAAAACUGGCGAAACAUGCCCACUACACCAGCCGCAAGCUUUCCCCCACGGACAAAAACCUGGAGUUUGACCGAGACUUUCGCAUCCGCCAUUAUGCUGGAGAUGUGGCUUAUUCUGUUGUAGGCUUUAUUGACAAGAACAAGGACACCUUGUUUCAGGACUUCAAGAGGUUACUUUACAACAGCUCAAACUCUGUGCUAAAGGCCAUGUGGCCAGAGGGCAAGCUGAGCAUCACAGAGGUCACCAAACGACCCCUGACUGCUGCCACUCUCUUCAAAAACUCCAUGAUAUCUCUGGUGGAGAACUUGGCCAGCAAGGAGCCAUACUACGUGCGUUGCAUAAAGCCGAAUGAUGUUAAGUCACCGCUGCUGUUUGAACACGAGCGCUGCAAGCACCAAGUGGAGUACCUGGGCCUCCUGGAGAACGUCCGGGUGCGACGAGCUGGUUUUGCUAACCGACAAACCUACCCACGGUUCCUUCAGAGGUAUAAGAUGAUCUCCGAGUUCACCUGGCCCAACCACGACCUGCCAUCUGAUAAGGAGGCGGUGAAACGUCUAUUGCAGGGUUGUGGGUUCGAACACGACGUGGCCUACGGCAAGACCAAAGUGUUCAUUCGCACCCCUCGAACAAUCUUCAGCCUGGAGGAGCAGAGAGCAGAGAUGGUGAAGAGGAUCGUCCUCUUUCUGCAGAAGGUGUGGCGUGGGACACUGGCCAGAAUGCGUUACCGCCGCAUGCGUGCCGCCCUCAUCAUCAUCCGAGCAUACAGAAGAUACAAGGUUAAGUCGUACAUCCGUGAGGUCAACCGACGCUUCAAAAACGUGCGUGGCAUGAAGGAUCACGGCAAACAUGUGAAGUGGCCCACACCGCCUAAGGUCCUGCGCAAAUUUGAGGAGGCACUGAGGAACAUCUAUAACAGAUGGUGGGCCUGGACGCUCAUUAAAGACCUGUCUCCAGAGGAGAUAGUGCAGAUCAGGGCUAAAGUGGCCACAUUAGAGUGUCUGAAGGGGCAGAGAGCAGAUCUCGGCCUGCAGAAAGCCUGGGAGGGCAACUACCUGAAAAAGGACAGUCCUGGGACAGCGUCUUCCUUUACUCUUGUUUCCAGUGAUCUGCAGAGGAAAGAUAAGUUCAUGAGAGUCCUCUUCUCCUGCAAUGUCCGCAAAAUCAAUCGCUUCAAUAAAGCAGAGGAUCGAGCAUUGCUCAUCACUGAUCGCCACCUCUACAAAAUGGACCCCGUCAAGCAGUACAAGCCCAUGAAGAGCAUCCCACUCUAUAAUGUGACCGGAGUGAGCAUUUCCCCUGGGAAAGACCAGCUGGUCGUCUUCCACACCAAAGACAACCGGGACCUAAUCGUGUGCCUGCAGGGCAUGGUGCCAGCGGGGGACAGCCGCAUCGGAGAGCUGGUUGGGACCCUGUUCAGCCACUUCAAAAGUGAGAAGAGGAAGCUACAGGUGAACAUUGUCAGCCCCAUUCACUGCAGUAUGAAUGGAAGGAAGUGCACUGUCAUCGUGGAAACCAAGAUCAACCAAUCACAGCCAGACUUCACCAAGAGCCGAUCGGGAUACAUUCUCUCAGUGCCAGGCAACUAGAAGACCAGAGAUCCCAAAACGGCUCCUUUAAAAGGACAUUGACAGCAGGGUAUCUAUUUUGUGCUAGUCCAAACCUUUGAGUUGAACCACAGAUAUGAAGCCAUACAUACCAAAUUUGCCUGAAGACAGGCAAGGAAGAAUGUUUAAUUUAAAAAAGAAAAGUUUGUCCCUAAAUUCCAAACUUCAGUUUAGAUUAUUCUCAAGAUGACAAGGAGGUAGCGAUAUAGACCCUCAAAGAAGAUUUACCAAACUUGGCGCUGUUUAUUUAUUAAACAUUACAACCAAAUGAAGAGCAAUCAUAAAUGUAAUAUUUAUGAGGAACAGGAUAUGCAGGAUUUUAAAAGUAUCUAACUUGUGUAUUGAGGUUUUUCCUUCAAAGGGAAUUUGUUGGUUUUUGAUCACUGCUUCAUGUGGGAUGAAGAAUAGCUCUGCUUGUGUCCCGAUGUGUUGCACAGAUCAUAAGCAGUCCUGCGGUUGCUGCUGAAUUUGAUUGGAUGUUCUUGAGCGGGAUGUGUUGAUCAUAUCCUUAAACUCAUUAACUGCUCAGAGAGGAGCGUUAAACUCUCUCGUAAUUUAAACCAUUCUCUUUUUCUGCAUAUAGUUGGUCAUUUAUAGCACAUAUUGUAUACAGAAACUCAUAUUGGAUAUAGCUUAUAUAGUGUACUGUAUGCACUAUACAUAAUGUAGGUAGGAUGAGAGCUGUCAUUUAUUCACAUAUUUGCUGAUCUUGGAGUAGAAUCAGAUGGGGCGGCACAGAGCAGGAUGUGAUAUGUUAUUUUCUGUUGCCAUUUUUUAAAUAACAGACCCUGCCGCCGAUAGUAGUCCCUUUAGUUCCUCACUCACCAUCACUGGCUUAAAGCAAAAAAAAAAAAAAACACUUCUGUGAUGAUAAAGCCAUUAACAAGACGCUCUCUCAUGUUUACAAUGACUGAGUUCAAAGUAGUCGCCAUUUUACACAAGCCAAAAAUGCAUGUCAGCAAAAAAGAACAGACAACCAAUUGUUCCAUUAGGGUCCAAUUUUACUUCUGUCAGCUAGUUCUAUCUAGUCAUAUUUCAAUAUUUUGUCAAUAUUACCACUGCAAACAGCUAGUGUUGAUAUUACGAACUUUGCACAUCUAUAUAUGUAAAUGUGUUCAAAUAAGAGAGAAAGAGAGCAGUAUUGAUUCAUAGAACAAAAUCAACAGAGUUCUGAGUGGAAACUCCCAAGAUGUCUGGCCCAGUUUGAAGCUUUCGUAACUGAUAAAGAAAGUGCCAAGCUGAAAACUGACUUCUGUUCUUCAUUCCUGAGGUGUUUGCAUAAAUCUGUUUUUCCAUAAUUGUUUCAUUGUUUUGUUCUUGGCUUCUAGAAAGAGAUCUUUUUUAUCAGUUAAUUAGGAUCGUUUCUGGUGGCCAAAAAUAUCACUAAGCUCCCAUCACUGGGUGGAAUUAAAAUGAGGGAGUGUGCAUUCAAUAGUGAACUGAGGGCCACGACUUCUGAUCUGUCCAAGUCAGACUAUCACUGAACGCUGAUCAUGUCUGCUUUAAACAGGUGCACACUCUCUCAUCUUCUUUCUCAGUCCUCUCUUGACUAUUAGCCUGGAUUGGUAAAGUGUGUCAGUAAAAGAAUGCACCUAGUACAUAUAGUACUUUAGGAAGAUAAAGUCAAAUGAUCUGAUUUAGUUUCUGCUCACCAGUUCUUAAAAGCAAAAAAGUGCAAUAAAUGGACUUACAGCAAUUUCUGAAAGUUGUCAAGGUCUAUUUAUCUUGAAUCAAACACUAUUGUAUAUUAGACAUUUUUUGACCCUCAAUAGAAAAAUACUGACAGUUGUGCAAAUGCUCUUUUACCUUGAUAAAAGGAGUUAUGUGAUUGUUCAGUUGCAUAAAAUCCAACCCAUUUUGUGGAGAGAGCAGUCUGUUUUGUUCUGGCAGAGAAAGUCAUAUGAUAUAUGAUCAUUAUAUAGUAUAAAGUAAUUUCUUUCUUUCUUGUCGUGAACCCCAGUGAUUCUGUUUAAGUGUAGAAUAAUUCCAGUUCCCAGGUAAAAGUCUUUUAUAUUCUUUGUUGUAAUUAUACCUAUUCAUCUUGGUUAAUAUUCAAGAUUUAGUCUGAUCCGAUCAAAUAAUGUGCCUACUUUUAUACUUCUAUUAUUUAAUUAAUAUGUUUUACAUUUUGAAAAGAUGUUACACAUGCUUGGACCAAAUCAAAAAGGGAAUCCAGUUUAUACAGUGUGUUUCUUUAAGAAUAGCUUUUUUCAUAUGUAUAUUAAUGCAAUAACCUGUGCAUUUAGUAAUGAAAAUUAUUAUAUGGAAACCAAACAACUACACUUUUAAACCAUUAUAUUGCUUGGAAACCUUUUACUGUUUUUUUGUUUUGUUUUUUUAAUCAAAUAAACGCUGUACCAAAUAUCUGCUCCUGAAAAUAAACAUGCCCUUGAAGUGUCUGCUCCAAGGCUUUUGCUCCAUCA